AUGUAUUUCCACCGGCCUCCUGUCUGGCGCUACAGCUCGUUUCAAGAUGGUAGCUUGUCACCGGAAAUGUCCGAGGAUUUGAACAACAGUGACCGAGAUAUUGACGAGGAUCUGUGGAUGGGCUCCUUGCGUUUGGUGGAUCACCAGAAGACCGAUGCCGCUCCAUACGUGAUCCUUGAAGACUCUGACUCGGAUAAAGAAAUACCACUUCUGGACCCAACUCUUCCUGAAGAAUCAACCUUCUUUGAGUGUCGACCAUUUGAGACAAGGACGGAUCCCUUCCAUCAGAAGAAGCCAAUAUUCUGUACCCGCCUGCAGUCAUACAAGGAUAUCCGCUUGGGACUGGGGGAACAAUGGGUUAUUCAAGAAGGGUCACUUGUCAUCGGCAUCGACCCGGAAUAUACCAUUUUUGUCAGUCAUCAGAGAAGAAUGGACGAAUUUGACAUUGCUGAAGGUAGUCUCUAUGUCGUGUGCUCGUUGUACGCGGAUUUGUGGGCACUCUGCGCGGAAGUGUCAUUUAGCCCAUCAUCUUCAGGCGAUAAUCCUUUGCGGCUGGCGUUUCUCCCUCUAUGUGCAAUCACGCUGGCCCCGAACUACAGCGCAUUUGUGCAGCGAAGUACCCAGGGCAUUCAGUACUUUGGCUCACGUGAGGAGAAAUAUCCUGGGAAUGGCCUGGCUGUCAUACCCCCGCGACGCUCACAUAGCUUGACUGCCAGCAAGCAGAUAUUUCAGGGUCUUGAUGAUCCAAUGACGUUGUCACAUGUUGUCCGGGGUGUAUUGCAAGUGCUUACACCAAGGAAAACGGACGAAGAUUUUGUGCCCCUCGACUCUACAUUAGAGCCCAUUUUCUCGCCAUUAACUGGCAAACGACGUCUAUUGCGAAGGAUCGGCUCAGGUAGAUCGACCUCGAGAUCUCAAGACGGCGCUAAUCAACAGACGAAGAGAAAGUACGAUUAUGACCUGAAUUCAUCACUAGCAUCCCUCUGUGAUAAAUUCUAUUCGAAAUCUGAAGGAUGGCGGCGGCUGCGCAGACGACGAAUCUCUUCACCGAGGGCUAGUCGGAAGCUCAAAUUGCUGCUGAAAGUCUGA